UUACAUUUUAUGCAAUUGAUUGUUGUCUAUAGUUAACACUUUUUUUGUUUUGUAAAGUUGUUAGACGCAGGAAUGGGUAAGAAACGCCGAUUGCCAGUUGUAGAAGUCGGCGAAGGACCCUCGAGUUCACGACAGAGAGGGGAGGAGCUGCAAGCCGCCCAUACUAGUGAUGCUGGGUCACAACCCACAGGAAAGGAGAGGGACCAUCCAUUGACAAUUGUGCAAGUUGGCCAAGGUUCAUCACGCUCACGAGACAUCAUGCAGGAGGAGUUAAGGGCCGCCUAUGAUGCUGAGCACGCAAGAUGGGAGGAAGGAGAUGAUUAUGAUGAUGAUGAGACACAGCCGCCUUCUGCAGGCGAUUUGGUCCAAGAAACCGCACCAUCCAAUGAUGGGCGUGCAGAAGAUUCAGUUCGGGAAUCCCCAAUAUCUAAUAAUAUAAAUAAAAAAUGUGGAAUAACGCUAAUGCAGCGUAUAUGGGCUCUUCCACCGAACAAGAAACUUGUAUGUGGGUUAAAUGGGAGCAAGCAACCGGUUGGGGAAAGCGGGCAAACAUUCAAAAGGUGGUUGGGCACCUUAUGCAUCUGCCGCAACUAUUGCCCACUUAUGCCUGCUACUUGGACGCAUGUCGACCGUAAAUGCAAAGAAAACGCUUGGGUAGAGAUAGAGAAAAAAUGGAUCAUUGACCCAGAGAUUAUUAGCCCAGCUAAUCAAAUGAACUGGGCAAUGCACUUGUUAGGAGAGUUGAGAAGAAACCGAAGAAGUAAGUUAAAAAAAAAAAUGCUACCCAAAAGAUGCGUUAAAAGAAGAUGUUUAUCAAAGUAAACCAUCUUGGGCUGACGAGCAGGACUACCGCGCACUAGUUGACUAUUGGUUUGAUGCUAAAACGAAGGACUUAGUGGAUACGAACAAGAGAAGUCGUUCGUUUCAGACGGAUAUAGCGAGGACAGGGCCUAUAAGUUUUGCACAAACUGCUGACAAUAUGGUAAGAAAUGCAUUAUACAACAACUAGCCAAGUUUUAAUGCUCUACUAUUUUAAUUGAACUUGUGACAUAUUGGUGGUAUCAAUAAAUUCUAGUUGUAUUUAUUUAUUUAUUUUGUUGUUGAAAGAACAUGGUCGAUUCGAAUUCAUGGAAAUUAAAAUAGAUUUUGUCGGCGUGAGUUUAGCAUUGAGGAAGGGCUUGCAUGGAGAUGACAGUAAUGGUGGCAAUGCCCAACGUUGUCGUAGGGUCCAAACUAAGCAA